AUAUUGACUAAGUACUUAUAACUUACCAAAUAAGUGCCCUCCUACCCUACGAAUCCUUUUUCGAUUCCAAUUCCAAUUUCGAUUCGGAUUCCAAUUCUACUCCCAAGUCUCUUAUAAAUAAAGCAUUCGGCAUGGUUAGCGAUCAAUCAGAGUUAGGGUUUCCGAUGACAACUUUGAAGGAGCUUCUCCCACCAGUAACAUCAUCAUCUGGGACUUGGAAUUACGACCACUCCAAUGAGAUGUGGUUCAAGCAGGGGUACAGCGCUGCCGAGGCCGAACAAUCUGCUCUAAUCAAAUCAAAACCGGUACCACCAUACCUGAAGAGCGGCUUUUGGCCAUCGAAGCCUGAAGAUUUUGGAGAUGGAGGGGCGUUUCCGGAAAUUAACCAUGCCCAGUACCCUCUUGACAUGGGCAGGAAGAAUGUUCGGAAGACGGUGCUGCCCGUCACCGUUGACGAGCAUGGUAACGUGAGAUAUGAUGCAAUUGUGAAGCAAAACGAGAAUGCUUCUAAAGUAGUUUAUUCACAGCACAGAGACCUUGUGCCGAUGAUUUUGAAAAACGAGAAAGAGGAAGAGCCUGAAGAGGAUCUGGAUGAGUUGGAGAAAAAGAUUGAGGAGACAACCCAGGAGACCAAAGCCGCCCUUGAGAAAAUUUUGAAUGUUAACACACCAACACAGUCUUCUGAUUCCAAAUUCAUCAAAUACAAACCAUCGCAACAAUCUGCAGAUUUUAGUUCUGGUGCGAAGGAGAGGAUUGUAAGGAUGGCCGAGAUGGUUGUGGAUCCCUUAGACCCGCCAAAAUUCAAACACAAGAGGGUUCCAAAGGGGUCUGGUUCUCCACCCGUGCCAGUCAUGCAGUCUCCACCUCGUCCCGUGACUUUGAAGGACCAGCAGGAUUGGAAGAUCCCACCAUGUAUUUCGAACUGGAAAAACCCGAAAGGGUAUUCUAUUCCACUUGAUAAGCGGCUUGCAGGAGAUGGUAGGGGACUUGAGGAGGUUCAGAUUAAUGAUAAUUUUGCCAAGCUUUCAGAAGCGCUGUAUGUUUCAGAACAGAAAGCUAGAGAGGCGGUGGCGAUGAGGUCUAGAGUUCAGAAGGAAAUGAUGAUGAAGGAGAAAGAAAAGAAAGAACACGAAUUGCGUGAUUUAGCUCAGAGAGCGCGGUCUGAGAGAGCAGGUGUGGCGGUGGCACCACCCCCAGGUGCAGUUCCGAGUUCUUCUGACAAAACUAUGAUGGAUGUUGAUGAUGUAAGGGGGGAUUAUGAGCGAUUGCAGAGGGAGAAAAUUCGCGAGGAGCGGCGUCGAGAAAGAAGGCAGGAGGCCAAGGAUGCAGCAAUGGGAAAGAAGAGUAAGAUCACUAGAGAUGGAGACCGCGAUGUGAGUGAGAAGAUUGCUCUUGGGAUGGCUUCUACCGGAGCAGGAAGAGGAGGAGGAGGGCAAGUUAUGUAUGACCAGAGGUUGUUUAACCAGGAGAAGGGAAUGGAGUCUGGGUUUGCCACUGAUGAUCAGUACAACGUGUAUGAUAAGGGGUUGUUCACUGCUCAGCCUACCCUGUACAGGCCUAAGAAGGAUGUCGAUUCUGAUAUGUAUGGAGGUACUGCAGAUGAGCAUUUGGACAAGAUCAUGAAAACCGAACGCUUUAAACCUGACAGGGGUUUUGUUGGUACCUCCGGUAAGAGUGGUCCAAGAGAUAGGCCUGUUGAAUUCGACAAGGAAGCCCAAGAACCUGAUCCUUUUGGUUUGGAUCCGUUCUUCACAGCGGUGGAGAAGAGUCAAAAAGCCGCCAUGGAUAAAGUUGGCAGUGGAGGAACUAUGAAAGCAAGUGCUGGGUCAUCCAUGCGAGAUGGGGAUGAAGGAUCUGGUAGAACUCGCGUUGCAUUUGAAAGAGGGCGUGAGUGAUGCCGGAAAAUGGAGAAAUAGGAGAACAGAAAGCUAGAGAGGCAGUGGCGAUGAGGUCUAAAGUUCAGAAGGAAAUGAUGAUCAAGGAGAAAGAAAAGAAAGAACAGAAUUGCGUGCUUUAGCUCAGAGGGCGCGGUCUGAGAGAAUGUUGAUGAUAUUAGGGGGGAUUAUGAGCUUGUGAAGGAUGAGGAUGUCCCGAGGGAGACAAAGGAGGAAAGGGAAGGCGAUUGCAGAGGAAGAUAAUUCGUGAGCAGCGGUGCAGAGCCAAUAAUGGUUCUUCUAUUCUCUAUGUAAAGACUUGCAACCCUAAGAACCUGUGAAUCCUACAAUAUCCAGCCUUGUAGAGCCAUCAUAUUUUGAUCCAUUGACAGGGUUACUAAAGAGGAUUUAUGCCUGAACAUCCACAAAUCUAAAUUUAAGGAUAAAUCUCUGGCAAGCUGAGGAGGCUUAUUAUAGAGCCAUCAUAUUUUCCCAGAAAAACAUUUUUGUAAGAAAAAAGUGAUUUGUAUUUUAUUUGAUCCUAGUUCUGUGGUAUGACCAUAUCCAAACUUAACAAACAAGCUAGUUCUGAAUACAAUACUAGAGUCUUAAAAAAAUUAUUUUAUAAGUAUAUAAUAUCAAUUUUAACAUUUAAUUAUUUAUAAAAUCAAUGGUUAAAUCCAACUAAAAUUUUCACAUACAAACAAUGCGCAAUGCCCAUA